AUGGCGCACUCGUCUCAUUCCAAUGUCGAUUUCUUAAGAGUGGGCAUUAAUGCUGAAAUCAAAGAAAAUCUCAAUGUAAAAAAGAGUUAUGGUAAGUAGCUCAGCUGUCAUAAACAUAAUUUGUAUUUUUACGUCUUGCAUUAUAUUUAAUAUCUGUGUAUCUAUAUUAUAACAAUGAGCAGGUAAACUAAUAAUAAUUAAUAAUAAAAUAAACAAAAAUAUGUAUACAAUUUAUAUUGAUAUAUUUUAUUUAAAUUGACACACAUUUUGAAGAGUAUAUGAAGUAUAGAAUAAUUAUAUUCAAAAAGUUUAAAAAUGAUUUAAAGGAUAUUAAGUAUUCCUGUUGUGACCAUAGCCCCCACAAAGGGGUGUCAGUGGGUCCGGUGGCCCGGACUUUCAAGGGACCCGAAAAUAUAAUGUAAUAUAAUAAUAUUUAGUUUUUGUUUUUAUUUUACAAAAUAUUUAUAAAUAUAAUAUAUAAUAAAUAAGAAAGAUGUUUUUUUUUUUUUUUUAGUUAUUAAUUUUAUUCUUAUUUAACACAUAUAUGAAUACAAUACGAGUAGUUUUAUAUAAACUAUUAUUAGAUAUUUUUACAUUAUAUUAUCAUUAGAUUAGCUAUAAUAAUAUGAUAAUAUGAGCAAGCAUAUUAUAGACAAUUGUAUUGCCAGAAGUUUAUCUAAAUCAUUGACUUAAACACAAUAAUAGGAUUCACAUAUGAAAUAUAUGGUACCACUUAACUUUAAAAUAAUUAUGUUUAAUCAAAAUCAAUUGUUACUAAUUUGGAUAUAAUUUUGCCUUAGAUGGCGCACUCGUCUCAUUCCAAUGUCGAUUUCUUAAGAGUGGGGGCAUUAAUGCUGAAAUCAAAGAAAAUCUCAAUGUAAAAAAGAGUUAUGGUAAGUAUACUAUAGUAUAUUACAGGUAAAGUGUAUUUAAUUUUUAAACAUUUAAUAUUUAAUUACCAUUCUGUACUUUUCUGUAUAGAACCCUAAGCUGUUUUCAAUUUUUAGCACCAAAAUAUAUAUUCUGAAACCAUAUAAAGUUCAAACAGUGAUUAGUUCUGAUUGAAAAAAGCAGAAUGUGUAUUAAUUUGUGGGUUUUUUUUACAGAUUGUUUUUUGUGUCAUACUGUUAAGCACAAAAUAAAUGAUUGUUCAAAAUUUGGUUAGUAUAGAUAUAAAUAAUUAAUUAAUACAAAAUGCAAAUACAAUUAGUUCAUGUUAUAUUGCAUUUACAGCUGUUCUUUUGUUGGGUGCUCGUCAUGCAUUGAAGCCGGAAACUACUGCCAAACAUGUACUUACCGAUUUGAAUGUGGCAUCCAUGGCAAUGGCCGGCGAGAUCAGUUCAGAGGAUCUAAAUAAACUGGCGACCACUGGGAUGGUCACCAACAAGAUUUACCUCAGAGCAUUCAAACGAGUUGUAAAGAACAUUACCAAGGAGCAGAAAAAGUUUAAAAAGGAGAAAUUGGUGUCAUUCGAGAAGGCAGUGGAUAAUGUGAUGGAGGCCAAAAUGAACACAAUGAAGGCUAGUGUUAAGGUCGAAGAGGCGAUGGUGAAGGCGAUGGAAACUGGAAUACAAGAGGAUAAGAAUGCAGCAAAAGGCGCCAUAAUGGAAGUUUGCAUGGCCAAUGCUGUGAUGGAA